AUGGCGGAUGAAGGAGGGGAUGCUCAAGUCGCAGCCUUGGCAGAAAGAUGGGCGGACAUUGCGAUUGCGGAUGAGGAUGAAUGUUUUGCUCCGGUUGGUGAAGGGGUGGUGGCAGGUGCGGACCCACCGGUGCAAACUUGGAAUGUUGUUGGCAGAUUCUUGACAGCGAAAUUGAUCAAGUUGGAAUACAUGAGGCAAGUUUUGGCAUCGGUUUGGCAACCGGUGAUGGGUGUGACGGUCACAGAGAUACAGAAGGGCUUGUUCCUAUUCGUUUUCUUCCAUAAAACGGAUGUGGAUUAUGUUCUUGAGGGAGGGCCGUGGGCGUUUGAGAAUAGUACCUUGGUGUGUCGCCUUGUUGAGGAUGGGGUACUGCCAGUUAACGUGGGUUUGAAUACAGUUGAUAUGUGGGUGCAAUUGCAUGAUGUGCCAAUGGGAUAUACAUCACAACCAAUUCUCGAACAGAUGGGUAAUUUCAUUGGAGCUUUUGUUAAGCAUGAUGAGAGGUUCGUGGGGGCGACCUGGUUAGCCUUCUACCGUAUCCGUGUGUCAAUCCCGGUUGAUAAGCCGCUACGGAGGCGCAUGAAGUUGUUAAAGCGUGAUAAGACUACAUGUUGGGUUAACUUCAGGUACGAGAGGUUACAUUCAUUUUGCUUUUUCUGUGGGAUGAUGGGGCAUUCUUAUAAGUUUUACGUGAAGGCUCGGGUUUCUAUGCUGCCGGUUCAGCAGUAUCCGUAUGGCCCGGAGAUGAGGGUGGGGGGAAGUCGGGGGCCGAGGGAGGUGGGGGAGAAUUGGUUGGUGCCUGUGGGAGGAAAGCCGAGGGUGGUGGUUGAGGGUGCGGUGGUGGGGGUUCGGGAGGGUGUGACAACGGUGGGGGAGGGACGUGGGGUUGAGGGAGGCAGUGUGCAUGAUGAGCCUGUGGUGGAGGCAGUGGCUAAGAGGAGAAGGGAGGAGGGGUAUGAGGGUGUGGGGAGGGAUGGUGGGGAGGAUAUAGCUAUGGCAGAUGUGUCAAAAAACAUGUUCUCGGCGGGAGCUGCGGCGCAGUCCCGCCCGUCAUUAUGA